CUCGGCCGGCCUUUCGGGAGGAAGAGGAAGAGGAGGAAGGCGGCGAGGCGUCCUGAGCGCCUUCUCUCUCUCCAUUCCCCCCCCACCUCCGGCAGGGCUGCGAGAGAGUUCGCGCGUGGGCCACAGCUUCUGGGCCAUCGCCAUGGCGAAGCGGGAGUCCACCUCCUCCAGUCCGGUGGUGCGCCAGAUUGACAAGCAGUUCCUGGUGUGCAGCAUCUGCCUGGACCGCUACCACAACCCCAAGGUGCUCCCCUGCCUUCACACCUUCUGCGAGAGGUGUCUCCAGAAUUAUAUCCCGCCCCAAAGCCUGACCCUCUCGUGCCCCGUGUGCCGCCAGACCUCCAUCCUCCCGGAGAAGGGCGUGGCCGCCCUCCAGAACAACUUCUUCAUCACCAACCUCAUGGAGGUGCUGCAGCGCCAGCCGGACAGCGCCAGCCACCAGGAUGCGGCGGCCGCCAUGCUGGACUCGGUCAGUGCUGUGCCUGGCCAGCCGCUCUCCUGCCCCAAUCAUGAGGGGAAGAUGAUGGAGUACUACUGUGAAUCCUGUGAGACCGCCAUGUGCCACGAGUGCACAGCAGCCGAGCACAGGGAACACAUGACGGUGCCAUUGCGGGACGUUGUGGAACAGCACAAGGCUUCUCUGCGGCAGCAGCUGGACGCCAUCAAGAGCCGGUUGCCCCAGUUGGCUGCAGCCAUUGGGCUCGUGUCUGAGAUCAGCCAGCAGCUGGUGGAGCGCAAGAACGACGCAGUGGCUGAAAUCGGAAGCACUUUUGCUGAGCUAGAAAAGGCCCUGCACCAGCGGAAAGGGCUGCUUGUCCGGGACCUGGAAGUCAUGUGUGGAGCCAAGCAAAAGGUGCUCCAGGCUCAGCUGGACAUCCUGCGCCAAGGCCAGGAGAACAUCCUCAGCAGCUGCAGCUUCACGGAGCAGGCGCUGGACCACGGCUCCGAGACAGAGGUGCUGCUGGUGAAGAAGCAGAUGAGUGAGCGGCUGAGCGAACUGGCCAGCCGUGAGUUCCCCGAACGGCCCCACGAGAACGCCCAGGUGGACUACAUGGUGGAGACCGAAGGUGUGCGCAAGUCCAUCCUCAACCUGGGUGUGCUGCUCACCACUAGUGCCAUUGCCCACAAGACGGUAGCCACAGGAGAGGGGCUCCGCCACGGCGUGGUAGGCCAGGCAGCCUCGCUGACCAUCACCACCAAGGAUAAAGACGGGGAGCUGGUGCGGAGCGGGAGCGCUUGCCUGCAAGCAGAGGUCGCUACCCCUGAUGGUUCUGCCCUCGACCACGAAGUGGUGGACAACAAGAACGGCACCUACGAACUGCUGUACACGCCGCGCCACGAGGGAGACCACCUGCUCUCCAUCCACCUCUACGGGCAGCCGAUCCGAGGCAGCCCCUUUCGGGUCAAGGUCGUCAAGGCGUCCGACGUGCCCCCCUCCCCAGAUGACGUCAAACGCCGCGUCAAGUCCCCCAGCAGCGGCCACAUUAGGCAAAAGGCCGUGCGCCGCCCUUCCAGCAUGUACAGCAGCGGCAAGAAGAAGGAGAACCCCAUUGAGGACGAGCUGAUCUUCCGAGUGGGCACUCGGGGUCGGGAGAAGGGCGAGUUCACCAACCUGCAGGGCAUUUCGACCUCCGGCAGCGGCCGUAUUGUGGUGGCAGACAGCAAUAACCAGUGUGUACAGGUCUUCUCCAAUGAAGGGCAGUUCCGCCUGCGCUUUGGCGUGCGGGGCCGCUCACCUGGGCAGCUACAGCGUCCCACAGGGGUCACCGUUGACCUCAAUGGAGACAUUAUAAUUGCCGACUAUGACAAUCGCUGGGUCAGCAUCUUCUCCCCCGAAGGGAAGUUCAAGACCAAGAUUGGGGCAGGCCGCCUCAUGGGCCCCAAAGGUGUGGCUGUUGACCGGAACGGGCACAUCAUUGUGGUCGACAACAAGGCCUGCUGCGUCUUCAUCUUCCAGUCCAACGGGAAGCUUGUGACCAAGUUUGGCAGCCGUGGCACAUCCGAGCGCCAGUUUGCAGGACCACAUUUUGUCGCCGUCAACAACAAGAACGAAAUUGUGGUGACGGACUUCCACAACCAUUCUGUGAAGGUGUAUAGCGCAGACGGGGAGUUCCUCUUCAAGUUUGGGUCUCAUGGAGAGGGGAAUGGGCAGUUCAAUGCCCCUACGGGAGUGGCGGUGGACUCCAACGGGAACAUUAUUGUGGCGGAUUGGGGCAACAGCCGGAUCCAGGUCUUCGACAGUUCCGGUUCCUUCCUGUCCUACAUCAACACCACAGCCGACCCCCUGUACGGGCCGCAGGGCCUGGCGCUCACCUCUGACGGACACGUGGUGGUGGCGGAUUCCGGCAACCACUGUUUCAAGGCCUACCGCUACCUGCAGUAGCCCAGGGGAGGCAGGCUGGAUGGAGGGGGGCCGGGACGGUCCCUCCGCUCCCUUCUGACCCACCUGCUGGCCUUAAAGGUGAUGAACUGUGGGGAGAGCUGGCCCUUGUUGCGGGGCCUCCUCCCCCCUGCAAGCGUUGCGGGGGCUCCGGCAGCGGUGUGUAAAGGUGCCAACUGCGACCAAGGCAGCUAUGCGCGUUGGGCUCGGGACGCUUCCCGGCGGGUGCGAGGGCACGUUGCCUGCUUGGCUUCCCCGGCAAGGCCGCCGUAUGCCUCUCUGGCCUCUUCCCAGGAUGGGGGUGGUGGUGGGGGUGUCUGACUCUGGGCCGGGUCCCCUAGAAGGGGGGAGUCUGCUUUUUGCCUGCUUGGAGGCCACCGAUGUUCCUGCUUCCAGACCCUGUGGGCGCUGGGGAUCCUGAGGAACGGCUGCCUUUCUCCACUCUCUUAUCCUUCCACCUACCAUUUUUUUUGUCACCUGGAUUUUCUUUGCACUUUAUCUCUUUGUCCAGGGAGGGGGCCGGGGCUACACCCCUCCUUCCCUGGCCGGUCCACGGACGUCUGUAGGGAAGAGCAGCCGAAGGGGUGCCACCCACCAACAGGGACACUGAAGCCGUCUGUGGGCAGAGCAGGAAGGGCGGGCCGACUCCCCCUGCUUUCCUCGGGUGACCGCCAGGUUCAGGAGGAAGGAA